AUGUCGAAGUUCACAGGCCGGGACAUCCGGCGAGGUGAGGCACUGGACACCAGCAAGAUCGAGAGCAUCCGGAUGGGGACAACAGUUGCGACGAAUGCGCUGCUGGAGCGGAAAGGCGAGAAGAUGGCCCUCGUCGUCACCCGCGGUUUCAAAGACUGUCUAGAGAUCGGGAACCAGUCAAGACCCAAGAUCUUUGACCUCGCCAUCCGCAGACCAGACGUUCUCUACCAGAAAGUCAUCGAGAUCGACGAGCGUGUCACGCUCGAGGACUACGCUGAGGAUCCCGAGCGGAAUCAGACCAAGGUGGAGGCCAAGCACGAGGAUUAUAAGGACCAUGAGCUCGUGGGCGGCUUGUCCGGCGAGGCUGUGAGGAUCUUACAUAGACCUGACGAGGACAAGGUCAAAGAGCAGCUGAAGAGCCUAUAUGACGACGGGUUCCGCAGUGUCGCCGUGUGUCUGAUGCAUGGCUACACGUUCCCCGAGCACGAGGCAUUGGUCGGCAAGCUGGCACAAGAAAUCGGAUUUGAAAACGUCAGCUUGAGCCAUGCGCUCAUGCCCAUGAUCAAGCUUGUGCCGCGAACAACCUCUGCUUGCGCGGAUGCGUACCUCACGCCGGCAAUCAAAAAGUACAUCUCAGGGUUCCAGGCGGGCUUCGAAGGUGGUCUUGGAACCGAGAGCGUCAAAAAGGAAGGUGGGGAUAAAGGCGCCAGGUGUGAAUUUAUGCAAUCUGACGGUGGGCUGGUGGAUGUGGACAAGUUUUCAGGACUACGAGCGAUUCUCUCGGGCCCGGCGGGUGGUGUCGUUGGGUAUGCUUUGACAUCAUACGACCCGGAGACAAAGACACCGGUCAUCGGCUUCGAUAUGGGAGGCACGAGCACAGAUGUCAGUCGGUAUGGCGCCGGUCGAUAUGAACACGUGUUCGAGACUACAACGGCGGGCGUCACUAUUCAGUCUCCUCAAUUGGACAUCAACACUGUGGCGGCAGGGGGUGGGUCCCGGUUGUUCUUCAGAAACGGCCUCUUCACAGUUGGACCUGAAUCUGCAGGCGCCCAUCCUGGACCGGCAUGUUACCGCAAAGGCGGCCCCUUGACAGUCACGGAUGCAAACCUCUUCCUCGGACGCCUCCUCCCAGAUUUCUUCCCUAAGAUCUUCGGAAAGAAUGAAGACGAAGGCCUUGACCCCGAAGCAAGCAAAAAACUCUUUGACGAGCUAACCCAAGAAAUCAACAGCAAGACAGACAAGCACAUGUCUGCCGACGAAGUCGCUUAUGGCUUCAUCAAGAUCGCGAACGAAACCAUGACUCGACCAAUCCGCUCGCUGACCGAAGCCAAGGGUCACGAUACAUCACAACAUCGUUUAGCGACAUUCGGCGGUGCUGGCGGCCAACACGCCGUCGCGAUCGCCGAGUCACUCGGCAUCCGCCAGAUCCUGGUCCACCGGUAUUCCUCUGUGUUAUCGGCGUAUGGCAUGGCUCUCGCAGACGUGGUGGACGAGUCACAGGUUCCCGAGUCUCAUGUGUGGGACCUCUCUGGCGCUAAGCGCGAAGGCUUGCAGUCGAAGCUCGACGAGCUGAAGCGGCGCUCGCGCAAACGGCUCCAAGACCAAGGUUUCGACGAUGACUCCAUCCAGUACGAAGAAUAUCUCAACAUGCGCUACCGUGGCACCGAGUCCGCACUGAUGGUCAUCAAACCGUCCGCAGAGGAGUCCAAGGACCUGUACAAGGGCGACGAGUUCGCGUUCGGCGCAGCCUUUGUACGUCAACAUGAACAAGAAUUCGGCUUCACGCUACCAGACAGGGAUAUCAUCGUCGACGACGUCCGGGUCCGCGGUAUCGGCAAAUCGUUUCGCGGCAUGUCGAAGACGGCCGACCAGCAACUCAAAGAAAUCAAACCUACAAAUGUAUCCUCUGACAAGGCCUACGCGACCUCGCAGGUGUACUUCGAAGGCGGCCGGCAAGAAACCAAGAUCUACAAAUUAGAAGACCUUGAUGUCGGAACACGCGUAGCCGGGCCCGCGAUCAUCGCCGACGGCACGCAGACGAUCGUGGUGACGCCGGGCGCAACGGCGCUGGUGAUCGAGACGCACGUAGUGAUCAACAUCGGAGAGGAAGCGGCGGCGAAGAGAGCGAACACGUCGGAGGUCGACCCAAUCCUGCUCUCGAUCUUCGCGCACCGGUUCAUGGCGAUCGCGGAGCAGAUGGGCCGGGCGCUUCAGAAGACGUCGGUCAGCACGAACGUCAAAGAGCGGCUUGACUACAGCUGCGCCCUGUUCGACGCCGCGGGCGGCCUCGUCGCCAACGCGCCCCAUCUGCCCGUCCACCUGGGUUCCAUGUCGACGUGCGUGCGCACGCAGGCGAAGAUCUGGGAAGGCAAGCUGAAGAAGGGAGACGUUGUCGUCUCGAACCACCCUGAGUACGGCGGCACCCAUCUCCCGGAUAUCACGGUCGUGACGCCCGCUUUCUCGUCGAGCGGAGAAAUUGUGUUUUACGUGGCGAGUCGCGCCCACCACGCGGAUAUUGGAGGCAUUCUCCCGGGCUCCAUGCCGCCGCACUCCCGUGAGCUCUACCAGGAGGGCGCGGCGAUCAAGUCUGAGAAACUUGUCUCGGAGGGCCAGUUCGACGAGGAGCGCAUCACGCAGAUCCUGUACGAGGAGCCUGCCCAGUAUCCGGAUUGCAGCGGGACCCGGUGUCUUGCGGACAACAUCAACGAUCUCAAGGCCCAGAUCGCGGCAAACCAGAAAGGCAUCAACCUGAUCAGCACCCUGAUUGAGGAUUAUGGCGAGGAUGUGGUGCAGUACUAUAUGCACGCUAUCCAAGACAAUGCGGAGCGGAGCGUGCGGGAGCUGCUGAAGGACGUGAGCAAGAGAUUCGAAGGCAAGGAUCUUCAGGCCACGGACUACAUGGAUGACGGGUCCCCAAUCAGCCUGCGCGUGACUAUUGACGCAGAGAAGGGAGAGGCGGUGUUCGACUUCGACGGCACCGGGCCCGAGGUCUACGGCAACAUCAACGCUCCAGAGGCGGUGACGUACUCUGCGAUCAUAUACUGCCUGCGCUGUUUGAUCGAUCAGGACAUCCCGUUAAAUCAGGGGUGUUUGAAGCCCGUUGAUGUGAGGAUCCCACCUGGCAGUUUCCUGAGCCCGAGUGAAAAAGCGGCCGUGGUGGGAGGAAACGUUCUGACCAGUCAGCGCGUGACCGACGUGGUGUUCAAGUGCUUCGAGGCCUGUGCGGCGAGCCAGGGCGAUUGCAAUAAUCUGACAUUCGGUUUUGGUGGGAAUCUCAAGGGCGGUGCGCAGCAGAAAGGAUUCGGGUAUUACGAGACAAUUGCUGGUGGGAGUGGUGCUGGUAAGGACUGGGAGGGGACCAGUGGAGUUCACACGCACAUGACGAAUACGAGAAUAACAGAUGCGGAGGUGUUUGAGAGAAGAUAUCCUGUCAUUCUUCGGCAGUUCAGCCUGAGGGCUGGGAGCGGUGGUGUUGGCCAGCAUAAAGGGGGUGAUGGUGUGGUUCGUGAUAUUGAGUUCCGAAUCCCUGUCCAAGUCAGUAUCCUGAGCGAGCGCAGAGUGUACAGGCCGUACGGUCUGCAUGGUGGUGGCGACGCACAAUGCGGUAAGAAUAUCUGGGUUAGAAGAAUCAAGAAGGUCAUGAAGAAAGGGUCGGGUGGUGAGCAUGAAGGAAAGCAGCGUGAGAGUGGGAAAGACGAUGAGUACGAGGAAAAGUAUAUCAGGUAUGCCACCUGUGAUUGUCCAUGCCUUCGCUAG